UUCUUGGCCUCCGCCUUCUGGCCCUCCCCAGCUUGAGCGAGGCUAACAGAGGACGCUGCUUGCGCCUAAAGUAGCUCGACCCAGAACGAAACCGAGUGGCUUGACAACGUGGAAGGAAACUGUGUGCGGCUGCGCUUUUGUGCUCUGGAGCCAUUCUAGAUGCGGGAAAAAAUGCUUUCUGAAAGCAGCUCAUUUUUGAAAGGAGUGAUGCUUGGAAGCAUUUUCUGUGCUUUUACCACUAUGCUAGGACAUGUUGGAAUUGGUCUUGGAAAUAGAAUGCACCACCAUGAGCAUCAUCAUCUACAAGCUCCUAACAAAGAAGAUAUCUUGAAAAUUUCAGAGAAUGAACGUAUGGAACUCAGUAAGAGCUUUCGGGUGUACUGUAUCAUCCUUGUAAAACCUAAAGAUGUGAGUCUUUGGGCUGCAGUAAAAGAGACUUGGACCAAACACUGUGACAAAGCAGAGUUCUUCAGUUCUGAAAAUGUUAAAGUGUUUGAGUCAAUUAAUAUGGAAACAAAUGACUUGUGGUUAAUGAUGAGAAAAGCUUAUAAAUAUGCCUUUGAUAAAUACAGCAACCAAUACAACUGGUUUUUCCUUGCACGCCCCACUACAUUUGCUAUUAUUGAAAACCUUAAGUAUUUUUUGUUAAAAAAGGAUCCAUCACAGCCUUUUUAUCUAGGCCAUACUAUAAAAUCUGGAGACUUUGAGUAUGUGAGUGUGGAAGGAGGAAUUGUCUUGAGUAUAGAAUCAAUGAAAAGACUUAACAGCCUUCUAGGAAUUCCUGAGAAGUGUCCUGAACAGGGAGGGAUGAUUUGGAAGAUAUCAGAAGAUAAGCAGUUAGCAAUAUGCCUAAAAUAUGCUGGAGUAUUUGCAGAAAAUGCAGAAGAUGCUGAUGGAAAAGAUGUAUUUAAUACCAAAUCUGUUGGGGUUUUUAUUAAGGAGGCAAUGACUAAUCACCCUAACCAGGUAGUAGAGGGAUGCUGUUCAGAUACAGCUGUUACUUUUAAUGGACUGACUCCUAAUCAGAUGCAUGUGAUGAUGUAUGGUGUAUACCGUCUUAGGGCAUUUGGUCAUAUUUUCAGUGAUGCCUUGGUUUUCUUACCUCCAAAUGGUUCUGACAAUGACUGAGAAAUGAACAACAGCAUGUGUAUAAUUACCACAUAGGACAUGUAUUGUUAAUGUUUGUAGUAAUGACUACAUAUCCAACACAACAGUGUGUUUAUUUUCCUUUUAUUAAUUUGGUGGCACUGGUUUAACACAAAUUAAAGUUUAGUAGUAUAUUUUUAAAUCAGUGGUAUUUUUUUCCUUAAAACUUGUAUAGAAGUUUUAUUUGUAGCCCGGCUACUCUACUUCCAAUCCAGCUUCCUGCCAACGCACCUGGGAAGGUGAUGGGAUGAUGGCUCAAGAACUUGGGUCCCUGCCACCUGUGUGGGAGAUCCAAAUGGAUUCCCUGGCUCUUGGGUUCUGUGUGCCUCAGCCCUGGCUGAUGGGGGCAAUUGAGUAGUGAACCAGCAGAUGGAUGAUCUCUCCCUCUCCCCCUCCCUGUAUGUGUGUGUUUCUUCCUUUGUCAUUCUGCCUUUCAAAUAAAUAGUUUUUAAAGAGAGGUGCUGGUGUUCUAACAUAAUGGGUUAAGCUGCCACCUGCAACGCUGGCAUCCCAUAUGCCAGCGUUCAAGUCCCAGCUGCUCCACUUCCAUUCCAGCUCCCUGCUAAUGUACCUGGGAAAGCAGCAGCAGAUCACCCAAGUCCUUGAGCCCCUGCACCCAUGUUGGGAGACCUAGAUGAACCUCCUGGCUUCAACCUGACCCAGCCCCAUUUGCAGCCGUUUGGGCAAUGAACCCUUUGGCCUCUCUCUCCCUGUCUCUAUAACUCAGCCUUUCAAGAAAAUAAAAUGAAUCUUUAAAAAAAAAAAAAGUGGGGGCGGCACUGUGGUGUAGCAGGUAAAGCCACCGCCUGCUCUGCUGGCAUCCCAUAUGGGUGCCAGUUUGAGUCCCUGCUGCUCCACUUCUGAUUCAACUCUCUGCUGUGGCCUGGGAAAGCAAUGGAAGUUGGUACAAGUCCUUGGGCCCCUGCACCCAUGUGAGAGACCUGGAAGAAGCUCCAGGCUCCUGGCUUCGGAUUGGCCCAGCACCAGCCGUUGCAGCCAUUUGGGGAGUGAAAAAGUGAAUGGAAGAUUCUGUCUCUAUCUCUCUUCCCCCACCACCACCUCUCUCUAACUCUGCCUUUCAAAUAAAUCUUUUUUAAAAUGUUAGAAAUGGGGUCGACACUGCAACACAAUAGGUUAAGAUGCCAUCUGCAAUGCCAGCAUCCCAUAUAAGCACCAGGUUCGAGGUCUGGCUGCUCCAUUUCUAAUCCUGCUCCCUGCUAAUGGCUUGGGAAAAAAGUGGAAGAUUGCCCAAGUGUGUGGGCCCCUGCUGUGUACAUGGGAGACCCAGAUGAAGCUCAUGGCGUCCACCUGGCUGAGUGCUGGCCAUUGAAGCCACCUGGGGAGUGAACCAGUGGAUGGAAGUUCCCCCUGAUUCUGCCUCUGUCUCUGUAACUCUGACUUUCAAAAUAAAUAAAUAAAUCUUUUUUUAAAAAAAGAGUGGAAAUUGCCUGAGAGAAAAAGUAAAACCUACAAUUUUAACAGGUUAAGUGAAUUAUGACCAUGAAAGCUUUCAUUAAAUUGUACCCCAGUGAAUCAAGCUCCCAGCUGCAACUUAGAUAAUAAUGAACAGUUGAGAUUUAUUUACUCCUGCUGGUUAAAUGAGUUCUAUGGAAAUCUCUUGAAGAAAUGUUGGCCAUCUGGUAGUUUCACUUACCUGAGUUGAGCCUGGCUUUUCUUCAAAUUCUGAGAUUUCUCCCAUGUUCAUAGUUGCACUAUGUCCAACUAUUUUCUAUAUAGAAGCCCUAAAUUCACUGUCCCACCUUGGAUUACCAUCACAUCUGCCUAAUUUCAGUUGCUACCCAGAAACUUUACCCAGUGGUAGAUGUAACAGCUCAUGUGUUUGUAGAUGUGUAAAUACUUGGAGCUUGUUUUUCCUGUAAUCUGGGCAGCAUGUGGUGUAUUAAGUGAUCUGUGGGAUGUGAGACUAUGUCAGUUUAGAGAUCAGCUGUUUUUGGUAACUGGUGUCUUACAACUUUAACAGAAAUAGAGGGAUUAGUGAUGUGGCAUGGUGAGUUAACUGCUGCUUGG